UAAAAUCCACAUGAUCCAAUCCUUUUUCCCACUUUCUUCUUCCGGGUUUGAUGGACGUUGCUUAUAUAUAGCCCAAUGUUUUUAUUCAGAACCAGAACACAAUUAAGCAAGCCUUCUUUCUUCCGCCCUAAACUUCAAGGAAAAAAAAACAAGAAAAAGAAAGGGUUUCUAGCUUACAUAUCUUGAUUUGCGUCGCACAAUGGCGGGCAAGUGGGUUCCAAUCUCAGAACAAGAAACAGUCAGAGAUGAACUGAGCGUGUUAACCAUGUCCGACCACGACAUCAUGAACCAUAUUCAUGCAACCCAUAUUCCGGGGGAUGAAAAGUUUGAUGUCGACUCUCUUUUCCUUUUCGCUGAGAACAUCCUUAAGCGUGCCUCCCUGAUUGUUGACAAUGUUGCCCUGGACUUGCUGCACGGUACAGAAGCACACCUGGAGAGCCUGGACGACAUGAUGAGCCCCAAAGCGAGCUUUAAUCCGCCGUUGUGUACACUGAAGCGAAUUUCCGGCGAGAUGCAAUGCAAGACCCCGGGAGAGGAAAUUGCUCACAAGAUAACGAUGUCGAUACUAAACAAGCUGUCUGGCUAUUCGUGGGAUGCAAAGGCAGUGCUUACGCUUGCUGCUUUUGCAUUGGACUUUGGGGAUUUCUGGCUCCUCGCCCAGCUUCACCCAACAGAUCACCAACUAGCCAAGUCAGUGGGAAUUCUAAAGCGAGUUCCUGCUAUCUCAAGGCGGCCGGGGCUUCAGAAACACCGGAAAGCAUUGAUUGAACUUAACAUGCUGAUCCAGGCCAUAUUGGAAAUGAUGGAGUGCAUCUUGGAGUUAGAGAAGUUAUCUGCAGUACAAGCCUACAAAACUAAGUACGUACCGGCGCCAUUGUCGAUUGCCAUGGAGCAUCUCCCAGUUGAUGUGUAUUGGGUUAUCUUAGCUAUUGUAGCUUGCGCUACUAAGAUGUGUGGCCUCACCAGGGACGAGGAUCAGGUACAGGAAAUCGCCCCUUUCGCUCACAAACUCAACAUCGUCCUCUACCUACUAAAGAUGCAGAUUAAAAUUUGCAAACAACAAAUCGGUUAGCCACGCCCACGAUCAGCGGUUUCAUUCAUAGGAAUGCAUGUACAUAUGAAAUGCAGCUUAAUUGCCUCUGUUUUCUUUGGAAUGCAAUGCCUCAAAAAUGGACUACCACCCUUUUUUGCAUUAUAUUUAUCAAUUAUCUAACAAAAGUACUGUCGCUUUAUCACUUUA